AUGGGGGGAGGUGAAAUAACAGCAGCAGCAGCAGAGGAAGAGGAUGAUGGGGUGCUGCUCUUCCCACCUCAUCUCUUUGACUCACUACAGGAGUUGGUCAUCUUUGAGUGCCCAGAGCUGGUCCUGGUCGACCCACCAACUCUUGUUCCUGGAGGAGGAGGGCUCCAAGCUUUGCGAUCCCUCCACAGAUUAACAAUAGAGCGGUCCCCAAAGUUUCUAUCCACCUUCUCCUUUUCCUGUCACAUUUUCCCUUCCUCCCUGCAGUCUCUGGUGCUUUGUGAUGUGAAAGGCUUGAGGACACUAGAGCCCCUCUCAAACCUCUCCUCUCUCACCACAUUAGUAUUGUUUGGUUGUGGAGAGGAUCUGAAAUGUCAGGGCUUGUGGUCACUCAUUAGCAUCGGUGGCCAUCUCCAAGAAUUAAAAGUCUCAGGCAGCCCUGGUUUCUUUGCUGAUUGGGAUCCCAAUCCCAGACGGGCUUUGGAGAACGUUGAAGGAGGUGAAGAGCAGCAGACACAGCUUGUUUCGUCCACACUGCGUGAGCUCAGGACAGAGGACAUAGCAGGACUUCUUGCUGCACCCGUCUGGAGAUUCCUCUCUUCCUCCCUGACCAAGCUGCAACUUCAUGGGGAUUGGUGUGAAGGGAUGGAUCGGUUCAUCAAGGAGCAAGAGGACGCCCUUCAACUCCUCUCCUCCCUCCAGGAACUAGAGUUUUGGAGUUUCAAGGACCUUCAACAUCUCCCUGCAGGGCUGUGUAACCUUACCAGCCUCAAGAUAUUAUCAGUUAACUUCUGUCCAGCCAUCUCGUCAUUGCCCAAUGAUGCCCUCCCGGAUUCACUGGAAAAGCUAGAUGUCUAUAAAUGCAGUGAGGUGCUAAAACAGUACUGCAGGGGGUUAGAGGGAACCAUCCCAGAAAUCAAAAUAUGGUGA